AUGUCGGGGAAGUACGUACGGUACCUCUUGUUUGCGGUGCUGGGCAUUGCGAUCCUACACUUCAUUGCCUCUUCCUCAAUGCCUCGUCCCACGAUACCGGCUUCAAUUACAAAAACAGAUCCCCCGAAACAAGCUGACAGCCGGCCCUCUCCUCCUUCGAGUCCGCCCGAUGGCGAGCUCAAAAUCCAAACUGUUCCCUCGUCUGAACCGACGAAAGUAGCGUUGCCGCCCAAUCCUAGCAGCCCUCCCGCGCCAGUCUCCGAGGACAAGGGGGAUGAGCAGCCCAAGCAAUCAGCCCCAAAGACAGAGCGCGUAAAUGCAACUUUCGUUUCGCUAGUGAGGGAUUCCGACCUUUGGGAAAUGGUUAAAUCGAUUCGACAAGUGGAGGAUCGGUUCAAUCGAAAUUACAAUUAUGACUGGGUAUUUCUGAAUGACGGUGAAUUUAGUGAGCAAUUCAAGAACGUCACAUCCUCCUUGGUUUCGGGCAAGACCCAUUAUGGCAAAAUCCCAUAUGAACACUGGUCCUUCCCCGAGUGGAUCGACGAAAACAAGGCCGCUCAGACACGUAAAGAGAUGGAAGAGAAAAAGAUCAUCUACGGCGGCUCUAUCAGUUACAGACACAUGUGCCGCUACGAGUCUGGCUUCUUUUUCAGACAUGACCUCAUGAUGAAUUACGACUACUACUGGCGUGUAGAGCCCAGUGUCAAGUAUUUCUGCGAUAUCGGUUUCGAUGCGUUCAAAUUUAUGAAGGACAACAAAAAGAAAUACAGCUUUGUGCUCAGCUUGCAUGAGUACCGAGAAACUGUUGCCACUCUUUGGGAUAGCGUCAAGAAGUUCAUGGAAAAGCACCCAGAACAUAUUGUCGAGGGCAAUAACUUGGAAUUCGUGUCCGAAGAUGGCGGCAGAACGUACAAUAUGUGCCAUUUCUGGUCAAAUUUUGAAAUCGGUGACCUGAACUGGCUGCGCUCGAAGGCGUAUCUGGAUUACUUCGAGGUUCUUGACAAGGACGGAGGCUUUUUCUACGAAAGAUGGGGCGACGCACCGGUCCAUUCCAUCGCGGCAUCGAUCUUGUUAAAGAAGGAGGAGGUGCAUUUCUUUGAUGAAAUUGGUUAUUAUCACGUCCCUUUCACCCAUUGCCCCACGGGCCAAGGUCGAAGAUCGGAAUGGAAGUGUGGUUGUAACCCUGGAGAUAACUUUGACUGGAAAGGCCACUCAUGUAAGGCUGGCUUUAAAUUGCCUGACUUUGCCAUGCAACUAAUUUAA